AAUUCAGAUUUAAUCGGAGCUCCAAUGUAGACUCGAACACUGGGUGAAAAACCAAAAAAAAAAAAAUCUUCUAAAAGUUGAAAACUAUAAACUCAGAGAGAGAGAGAUAGCAGAAAGUAGUAGAGAGUAUAGCAAUGGCCAAUGAGGGGAAGAAAAUGGUUUGGAUUCAUUCCAACCAGAUUUCACUUCCGUCGUUUCAGUUCGUUCGACCCUCCUCCUGUUCCUCCUCAUCGAAGAGUUGUUGUUACUGUGUAGGGAUGGUGACUCCCCUUGGAUGUGCAGUGGAAACCACAUGGAAGAGGCUAAUAGAAGGGGAAUGUGGUGUAAGAGCAAUAUGUGCUGAUGAUUUGAAGAUGAAUGGUUUUGAACCAGAAGUUAAGAUGUAUACAUUUGAUCAGUUGGCAUCCAAAGUUGCUGCAGUUGUGCCCUAUGGUUCCAGCUCAGGCGAAUUCGACGAGCAGUUGUGGCUAAACUCUAAGCUGUCAACUCGAGUUUCUCUGUAAAACUCCUGUCCAGCUGCUAAAACCUCCCUGCAUUUUGGCUAACAUUGGUAUCAGAGUCAUUAUAUCCUUGACAAAAUCAACAAGAGCAAAUGAGAGUUCUUCUAGUGAAGUAAGGGAGUUGCAUGAAAUCAUGCAUAAAAUGUUAUUGGAAAUUGGUACUCCACUAAAGGAAGUAUCAAAUCUUAAAAAAUUGGACCAGGUGAUGCUAGAACGAACGGAACAAAUGACAAGCAAUAGAGUGAAUCAUAGGGAUAAAAUACCCACAGGAGAAGACAAAAUACCAGUGGGUGGAAGGCAGUCAAAGGAGCAAUCGCACAACAACUUCAUUAAUCAUAAUCCACAUUCCUCAAUGGUCGACAAUGGAGUUUUUGAAGUUUUCCGGAGAAGAUCUUAAAUCUUGGUUGUUUAGAAUCGAUCAAUUCUUCAAUAUGGAGAACAUUCCCAUGGAGGAGAAGGUUAGCAUUGCUGCUCUACAGUUAGAAGGUGAAGGUAUUUGGUGGCACUUGUCCUUUAUGAAAUACAUGCAGUAAAUUCAACCACCAACUUGGAAUGAAUAUAAUGUAGCGUUAGUGGAAAGAUUUGGGGCAGAUUCUCCAAAGAAGCUGGUUAGUUUUGAAAUCUCUAAUCUUUCUCAUUUCUACCCACAGGAAACUUCCAGUAAGAAGACAUCAUAUAUUUUGCAAGGUUCCCGAUGAAAUGCCUAAAAGAGAUUUGGAUGUAGAUUCUCUGUAUAGUGGCACCACUGAAAGAAACAAUAAAACUGAAGCUUUUGAAGACUUGUUUUUUGAUGCAUUCUUUUUAUAGAUAAUGAGAGUGAUGUCGAGGCUUUUGAAAAUAUGCAUCUUGGUUGGAUUUUCUUGAAUGAUGAGAGUGAUAUGGAUACAAAAUCCUUAGAUAGUGAUGGGAAAGAAGUGCUCUCAUGGCAAGCUUGUUUUGAUUUAAUUGUUUUCAAGAUCAUGACUUCUUGCGAUUUAUGGUUUGACUUUGAGAGUGAUAUGAAAACUUUGGCCAAAAUUUGGCCAUGGGAAGAGAUUGAGAAAUCAGUUGUCCUACUAACAGAGGAAGGAACAGAAGUGUGGGUUUAGAUCAGCAUGGAUUUAUUGAUGGAUUGCCUAAAUCACAUGGUCCUGAAGUAAUCUUCGUAGUGGUUGAUAGACCAAGUAUAUGGCCAUUUUAUUCCUCUAAAGUAUCCUUAUACUACUUAGUCAGUGGCUGAAGUCUUCAUGGACUUUAUAGUAAGGUUACAUGGUCUACUCGAUAGUAUUACAAGUGAUAGAUAUGUUGUGUUGUUCCUCAGUAUUUUUUGGCAACAAUUGUUUUCCCUUCAAGGUGUUCAGCUGAACAUGUCAUCAGCCUAUCACCCCCAGAGUGAUGGCCAAACUGAAGUCCUCAAUAGGUGCUUAGAAACCAAUUUGAGAUGUUUUUGUGCUGAGGAUGAUUGUUUGUGUAUGGCUGAAUAUUGGUAUAAUUCUUGCUAUCAUUCUGCUAUUGAUACUACACCUUAUGAGGCCCUUUUCUCAAUAGAAGGUUGAAGUUGAAACUGUUGAGACAUCAUCUGAUGAGAGCACAACUGAGAAUAAAACAGCGGGCUGACUAUCAUAGAAGUGACAUGAGUUUUUAAUGUACCUCUCAUACAAUAUAAUUUGGAUUCUUUUUUUUGUGUCCAAGCAUCCACAUGUAAUGUUUUUUUUCUCUGUAGUAUACAUGAUAUUGAGAAUCGAAUCAAAGAAA